AGGCCGUUAUUUCAGAAUUGACGAUCUGGCAGCACUGGCUGCAAAUAAUAAUAUUUCCUAAUCAAUACCUGAACUGAUGCCCAAAAUACACCGUUUGAGCGACAGACAAUACAUGGAGCUCGAUGGCCUUUUUCAGACGAUGGACAUGCCCACCAGCCAUGAUUCGGAGACGGAUCUGGAGUCUGACUCGGCAUUGUCUCUAUGCCGCCUGAACCGCUACAACGUCACCAACCUGUAUGAUGAGUCGGUUGGUGGGGGGGGAGCAGUGGCGAAUCCGGGGUCUGGUCGCCAGCGCUGCUACACAAUGCCCCACGUGCCGCCACCAGCGCCGCCCUCCACGCCCACUUUAUUGACGAGCUGCAGUAAUGGUAGUAGCAACAGCAACGGAAACUGCAGUUCCUCCACCGUCUCCGUAUCCAUUUCGCCCACCUGCUCGGCCAGCGGCAAUCCGCAUCCGUUGGAAAGUCCACUCAACCACUUCAUUAAAAGCGCCAGGAACUUGCGUCGAGAAUCGCGUAGAUGCGUAGAUUCGGAGCUUUCUAAGCUAUUCAACGUAGUGUCCAUCACAAACCAGCUGACGACGAUCAAGAAUCGCACCAACUCCGGCUCCAAUACCAUUUCCUGCUCCGACCGUGGAAUACUUAACGCAUCGCGUACCAUAUCGAAGCUCAAUGGGGCGACGGCUACCAAGAUCUUCAAGAUCCACCGCGACCCUAAAGAGUUUCUGCGUGAGACGGACGAGGAUUCAGUAUCAGCGCCGGAGUACGACGAGGAGGAGGAGGAUACGCGUAUUCGCUACUACCGGCGAACGCGUUAUUCUCGCCAUUUCAAAUCGCGGUUGGCGCGAAAAUGUAGCAGGAAGUUUGCCCGCUUCGAACACCAUGAGCGCAUGGAGACCAUCGUUGACAGCUUCGACUUCAUGAGCGUUAACGAUGCUGACACCUGAGAGGCGGAUCUGGAUACGAACCAAGAUCAUUUCAAGAAUGGUAUAGCUUGGUAGAUGGGUCGGCCAACCAAUGUGAUGAAUGUGAAUUUCAACUAAUUAUUUUUAUUACUACAAACUACUAUUAUUACGAUUAUAAUUACCGAUAUUUGAGCUGUUCUCUCCAUACGUUUAGUUUCCUUCUAUGCCGAUUGCCGUGGCGUCCGAGAGUCGUCGCCACCAUUCUGUCCCGUCCGAUAAGAUUGGGUGUCGGUUCUCGGAAGCAGCGCAGGGCUUGCAUUUAGUUUAGAGCUUAGUUUUACGUGUCUACGCCUCUGGGGCGGAGCAGGUGCAGCCGACCACCGACUGGUUGUUUGCUCCACAAACAGAACGAUUCCAAUAAAUGCACAAAUCGUGUUGUAUUCGAGAUGAGAGAUUAA